CCCAAUCAACGUCAUUUUCAUCUUGAAAGAAAAAUGUGAAAAUAAAAAACCUUCCCAACAAUCAACUGACCCUCCCCAACCCUAAUUCGAUGAUUGAAAAAUGUUCAAUAAUAGGCGGAAAGCAUGAAAAUUUUGGCUUUUUAUGAUUUGAUUAGAACUUCCUGAAUUAAUUUUAUCAACAAAUGAGUUCCGAAAUUGUUCUUAUAAAAGAAUCACUUUGAUGUUUUAUCUAAUUUUGGAUCAGUAUUCUUGUAAUCGUGUUAAAAAUAGUUAAUAAUUAUGUCUGAUGAUAAAAGAAAGCUGAAUAAACAUAGCACGGGCACCGUUCCAAAAGUAAAGUAUACUGUUAAGUAUCGUAACAAUACAGGACAGCAACAGUUUUAUAGUGAGAGAGACAAUUUGAGGAAUUUGCCAAACAAUUUGAGCUCAGAUUGGCUUCCUAGGAGACUGGAGUCCAAUUUUCCGCGUAAUACACAACAUAUAACUUAUGAAUUAAUGGAUUCUACAAUGGAAGAGCCAACUCAGAAUGGUAUCUAUGCAAAUGGUACCACAAAUUCCAGCCAGACUAGUUCCUCGAAUUCCAGAAGAAAUUCUUGUGGCACCGUCCCAAAAUGUGACAACAUCACAAAGUAUCCAAACAAAAAACAAAUAGAAGAUAAACUUAACCAAAUUAGGGAUUAUCUCCAUAUCACUACUUCUCUGAUGUCAGGCAUGAAAAAUUCCGAGGACCAGAAUGCUGAUGAAAAUGAAAAGAACAACUUGUCCUCUAUGAUUGAGGCUCUGAAAGAUAGUGAGGCAAAACUGAAUUCUCUGUUAACGAUGGGCUUUGAAGAGAAUUCAGAAUGUCUUGUUGAAAACCCCCCUGAUAGAAAAAAUGAUUUUGAGACGUCGAUGAAUAGAGAGACAGUCAGAGAUCUACAACGUUUGAAGCAGAAAGGUGAUAGCAGAUUGAGAGAAGCUAGGGAGUUACAAGAAAGAUUAGCUAGAGGGAAUAUAGCAAAUCAAACUAGAAUGGAAAACAAUCUACAAGAAUUUGAUUUGGCUAUUGCUGAAUUGGAAGAGGCAAACUCGAGACUGGUUGAUACUAAGGGAGAUGUUAAUAACUUUCAACAACCGGAUGAGGCUAGUAAUUACAUAACAGAGGAGAUAGAGGAGUUGCAGAAUCAAAUACAGGUUGUACAUAAUGCCAAUGAGGAUAGAAAGAAAUUGAUACAAUUGUUGGAUAAGAGGGAUGCUGAGUUGAGAUCUCAACACUUGGAGCUUCAGAGUAAACUCACUGAACUGCAAACAAAGAAAUCCCAGGUGGACCAUCUAGUAGCUGCAUUGCAGAAUGGGAAAGAGCAAGAUGAAGAUAUGGGUUCCCAUGUUCGUACAAUUGUCACGAUGAAAGAUAAACUCGAAAAAUUGAAAGACAUGUUGGCAAUGGUGGAAAGUACCGAGGUCCUGAUGCGUAACGGAACACAAGAAGAACAAGCUGUUGCUUGUGAGAUAUAUAAUAAAGCGGAGAAUUUCUUGAAUAAGGACCUCGCCAAAGGAAACUGUUCCAAUCAGUCUCAGGUCGAGAACCACAUGGCUUUUCAGUACGAAAACAGAGCUAGUCCCUCCUUGAAUGUGGAUCGCAGUAAAUUGAUGAACAAAAACAGCAGAGACACGAGAAGUCAGAGUAACGAUUCGAAUUCGAAGAUUAAUGAAAAGCAAGCCUUGCAAGCAGAGCUUAGAGCUAAGAAACGAGAGUUGGAGGAAAUUAUGGGUAAACAUAAGGCGAGUUCCUCCAAUUUGAAUCACGAUGUUGGUACAGACAACAAGUCAGAAUUCAGUUGUGCUAACAGUAUGUUUGACAAUAUCAGUGGAGUUUGGACUCCACUACCAUCCAUGCAGCACAACCAGCCAGACUCAAGUGAUAGAUACUCAAGUGACGAAGGCACUGAAGAUGUCAACGAAUACUCGGAAAUCCCUUCUAACCAACAGAAUCAAACUUUACUUCCUCCUUCAGCACCUUCAUCUUCGGCUGGAAAAUUUUCAACUGAUAGAAAUAUUGAAUCAUUGACUCAGGCUUACGAACAGCUCGGGCAGCCAUAUUUCUUCAGAAGUGAUGGAAAUACAAGAGGAACCACUGUUACUUCUGAGGCCAAUUCUAGUUUUAGUAGAGGAUCCUCUGUGUCGAAUGUAGGGCAGGGAGGAAAACAAAAUAUGCAGAAGCAGUUGGAACUCAUCAGAAGCGUUUGCGACUCUAUGCUACCUCAGCCUUCAUCAUCGCCAAGUAACGUACAUCAGCUGAGAAACAACCUGACACCUUCUCCGAUCUAUUCAGAGUUGAGACCUUUUUCCUCACCUAAUCCUCACUCUAUGAACGCCCUGAAUGUGGUCAACCCACAAGCCGAUACCGCUUGGCCAUCUGUCGGCGGUCAACCGAACGUUUCGUUUCCCGACGCGGCCAACUAUCAGAGUUGGCUCACCACCAACACUUUGCAGACACAGGCGUUCAUGUUGAAUUCGCUGAAUCAGUGCUGCCAAAUGUUAUGGUUGCAGCAGCGGGAACUUGCAAGUUUGAGGGGCAUGGUGACAGCGUUACAACAAGAGAGGUUAUCAAGCCCACAUUAUAACAACGAGAGUCAGAUGACGUCGUCUUCUAACCCAACUAUGAAUUGUUCUCAAGUGGAACCGCUUCAACCACCAAUAAUGAACCAAGCUGGUCCUCCAAUGAAUCCGUGUAGUCCGUCAUUAAAUCAGUGCAGACCGAUGAACCCAAAAAUGAACUCUGUUCCCUCAGCCUGUUCUCUACCGAACAUAAAUCAAUACAAUACCCCUCCGGUUACUGUAGUCGACCCUAUUUUAGCCAACCAAAACAAUUUGCGCCUCAUGGACUCCACUUUGAACAAUCUUAAUGUGAUGAAUAACACCGAUCACAUGAGGAACAUCAAUUUGGCCACCCUGCAAAGCGCUGGCGACAACAUGACUGCUCUGCCUGGCCCCUUGUGGGCGGGCCAUGCUUUAAACAAUCAGGUGCCUCCUGGGAAUAGGGCCAAUAACUAUUGGGAUAAUUUUAGGAGCUACUCCAGACAAAACCUAUUCUCGACAAAGAGCAAUGAUGGGAUUCAAAAUUCACCGAUUAUCGAUAGAACGAAUAAUGUAACGCCUCGAAGUACACCUUUCGAAGCACAAAAUUUACCUAAGAGCAACUCCCAGCAUUUGACAGGCUCCCCACAAGAAAAUGUUCCUCAGAGGUCCUGCGUAAGACCUUCUAGGCGAUAUCCAAAUACCAAUAUAGCUGUUGUACCUCCCGAUGUGUUGAACAUCAACCAGAAUAUCAAAAAUGACGGCUUUCCCCUGACUCCGAUCCAAAACGAAAGCCGAAAUAUCAAUGAAUCAGAGGGUAGUGCUCCAGGUGUGCCGACUUUCGUUAAUAAUGCUUCCAGGAUGCCAAGAAGGCAUUCUAACGUCGUCGCACCAUCUGUCGAGAAUUUGCAGAAUCCGCGUCGAAGGAAUGCCUCUAAUGAGUCUGUGAAUACUGAAGGUACUUCGCGAUCUCGACUAUUCGAGGAGCUCAGAGAAAACGUCUACAGAGAAGUUGCUUCUCUUAUAUCAGCAAAUGAAGCGAGACCUCAUUUUCUUAUACAAUUGUUCAGGGAUCUUCAGCUAGUUAGUUCAGAUCCUCUAAGGCUAAAGACAUUACAAUCCAUACAAGUAUUGAUUAGUCAGUCGUUCAGGAAUUCACAAAAUUCGGCCUCGCAAGAACCAUCACCAAAUCAAGAAGUUCCUCCACUCUCCAACGAAUUCUCCAUGCAGUCCACAGUUUGGUCACCGAUACCGCCAAACUCUGUUCCAAAGAAUGCGACUAUAUUAGAGGGCCUACUAUCAAAAAAGGGAGAUGUGGCAAAAGUUCAGUAUAUUUUUCAUGAGAUAAUUCCGUUCCUAAAUGACAAUGACCAUCUUACGAUUGACCAACAAUUCCUGGCGAUCUUGAAGCAGAAGAUUUUGGAAGCAAAAUCGUUUAAGAAGGUGGUCAAGGAUUCGAUAUUUCAGAAGCACUUCUCUAAUGUUCUAGAUCACGUAUUAGGUUUCUAUAAUGAUAAACUUUUAUCGUCCGUCAAGAUGUCGCUGCUGCAGAGCGUCCGCGAGCUGUUGGAUCGCGAGCUAUCCUUCAUGAAUCUCAUACAGAGCAGCGGGGAAUCGCAGCUCAACGAUCUGGUGGCCCCUGUCGUACCGCAGAAUCUCAACCUCCACGAAGUGCGGUCGCAGCAUCCAGUCAAAGUUGAAACCAUCGAAGCGGGGGCCGCCGUACAAAUUCAGAACGGCGAUCUGGCGGAAGCGGAUCAGAGUCACGUGGAAGACGACGAAAUCGAAGAAGAGGGGGCUGUAGGUGGUGUUUUGGAGCCGCCGACGGAGCAGGCAGGGAAUUCGCUCGAUUUGAACAACAAGGAUAGUGUGGAGUCGCCUUCUUCGACGGAAGCUUUUGCUACGUCAACAGAGGCAGAAUCUCAGUAUCAAUUAGGGCUUGACCAAGUUCCUACAAGACUACCUAUGAAAUCCAAAAGUAGAUCCAACACUCCUAGUAAAGAUGCAAGUUCCAAACAUGAUGGAGACCAUCAGGAUCACAUGAAGUAAACCUUCUAGUAUUAAAUAUUUAUGCUUUUUUAUGUAUUACAUGUAAUUUGAUUAUUUUAUUUGUCUGUUUAUUCCAUAUAAAAAAGGUUGUAUUAUUUAGUAUGUUAUGAAUAAUAAAUGAUGUUUUACCAUUCAAA